UGUUUCACCAAACUUCCUGCUGGCUGGAUGUCUCAAAAAGAACAGAAUCUGCACCUCUGACUCAGAGACGGGAGGGUCGCACAGAGGAUGAAAGAGGAGUGCUGAACAUCACGAAGACCGAACCAAUCAGGAGUGUAAUUCAUCCAAAGUACGGAGCAGGAGGAGAAUUCUGGACUAACCACAAAAUAUAUGCAAUUUGAUCAGACUGCAUGCUACAAUUCCAUUAGGUGUAUUUUUGUAACACAACUGGAAUUGCACUGAGUCUUUUUUCCAGCUGAGGAUGGGAAAAGACGCUGGGCCGGAGGAGAGACCCAAGUGGGACAACAAGGCUCAGUAUCUGCUGACAUGUAUUGGUUUUGCAGUGGGAAUCGGAAAUGUGUGGCGAUUCCCUUACCUCUGCCAAAUCUACGGAGGAGGUGCAUUCCUCAUCCCUUACCUGAUAGCGCUGGUGUUUGAGGGCCUCCCCCUGCUCUUCCUUGAGCUGGCUGUAGGACAGAGGCUCCGGAAGGGCAGCGUGGGUGUCUGGAAGACCAUCAAUCCCGUAAUCGGUGGAGUAGGCAUCGCCUGUUUGAUUGUAUCGUUUCUGGUGGGCGUUUUCUACAACACCAUUCUGGCCUGGGUGCUGUGGUACUUCUUCCACUCUUUUCAGGAACCCCUGCCGUGGAGCACCUGCCCACUAAAUGAAAGCCGCAUAGACUAUAAUUUGGAGUGUAAGAAAAGCACUCCGGUAAAUUACUUCUGGUACCGUGAAACCCUCAACAUCACACCUGACAUCGAGAUCAGCGGCUCCGUGGAGUGGGGGAUGGUGAUCUGUCUAGCCAGCGCCUGGUGCAUCGUCUACAUCUGCUUCAUCAAAGGCAUCGACUCCGUGGGAAAGGCUGUGUAUGUGACAUCUACCUUCCCUUACCUGGUGCUGACUAUUUUCCUGAUCCGUGCCCUCACUCUGCCUGGAGCUACUGAUGGACUGUUGUACCUCUUCACCCCUGAUUGGCAAACCCUGACGGACCCACGGGUGUGGUUGGACGCCGCCACGCAGAUUUUCUUCUCUCUUUCUGUGGCGUUUGGAGGUCUCAUAUCUUUCUCCAGUUACAAUGAAGAGAAAAACAACUGCGAGAGAGACGCUGUUCUUGUGGGAGUGAUAAACAGCGCAACGUCUAUCUACGCCUCCAUUCCGAUUUUCUCCAUCCUGGGGUUUAAAGCCACCACCGCCUUUAACGCCUGUAAAGAUGAGAACAUCCUGGCUCUGACCAAUUACUUUGAGUUCUCAGACCAGAACAUAACCCUGCAGAACUACGAUUACUGGUAUGAAUAUCUAAAUACGACAUAUCCAGAGAAAUUCCAGAGUCUGUCCCUGAGGGAGUGUGAUCUACAAAAAUUACUUAAGCAGAGUGUUUCAGGUACUGGCCUGGCUUUUAUCGUGUUCACUGAAGCGGUGAUAUCGAUGCCAGGCUCGCAGGUAUGGGCCGUACUGUUCUUUGUCAUGCUCUUUAGUUUAGGUCUCUCCUCCAUGUUUGGUAACAUAGAGGGUGUCCUCGCGCCCCUCAAUGAACUCAAACUAUUGCCCAGGUGGAUGCCCAAGGAACUCAUAUCAGCGGUCAUCUGUUUGAUAUCCUUCUUGGUGGCGCUCCUCUUCACCUUGAGCUCAGGCAACUACUGGGUGGAGGUGUUUAAUGGUUACGUGGGAUCUGUACCUCUGCUCAUCAUUGCUUUAUUUGAGAUUAUUGGAGUUAUUUACUUCCGUGGAAUGAAAACUUUCAGUGACGACAUCUAUAUCAUGACUGGGAGGAGGCCAAACAUCUUUUGGAAGGCGUGCUGGAUGGUGAUCAGUCCUUUACUGCUCCUGGUGGUGUUUGUUGCCUAUGUGAUUGUCCAGGCACAGACACGUCCCACCUAUCAAGCAUGGAACCCAGAUUAUGAAAAAUUCCCUGAAACUGAAGAGAAGCUUUAUCCAGACUGGGUCUUUGCCAUAAUCAUCCUCCUCUGCGUGGUGCCUGUGAUUUCCAUUCCUCUGGUGGCCCUCUACCAGCUGCUUCGUGGCAGAUUCAGAAAGUCCUCGGUUGGGAUGGAAUUGAAUCCCUACGACAACGACGCCUUCGUGACUGACACACAGGAACAGAAGACUCAAAGGGCUUAAGGACUGUGGAGAGUAAAAAUGCUGCCAUACAGCAAAAAUCCAGAUGUUUAUCACUGCUUUUCAUCAAAAUUCACUAGAAUUUCAUACAGAUUCUGAUGUUUACUUGACAUAUGAAACAUUACAUUACUUCCCUUGAAAAUAAAACAGGAUUUAUUUAACAGUGA